AUGUUUUCUACUGCACAGAGCGCUAAAGGUAUGGAGGGCUACGUUGGUUUUGCUAAUCUUCCAAACCAAGUUUUUCGCAAGAGUGUCAAGAAAGGAUUCGAAUUCACCGUCAUGGUGGUCGGUAGGUAACAUGCUUACUGCUGAAAUUACGGAAGAGAAAUGUGUUGGAAUAAAUUAAUUUGUGUUUGAACACAUUUUACUUCUUCCUUCUGCUCUACUUUAGUAGGGAUUAAGUCACACCAGAAGUGUAACUCUGUAAAAUUUUGGGGAAUCUCGCGUAGAGUAUGAACCCGGCAUGUUUGCGGCAUGGCGUGAGAAGACACGAGACAUUUAUAUUUCACUUGACGGAGAAAGUUCCAGUUUUUGAGCCAUAGUUUCGGUACUGUUCGAUGAAGACUCGUAUAUUACGCUCUCAAAAGAAACUAAUCACCCUUUGUCACCAUCUGAUUUGCUGUUAAUCGUGAAUCAGGAAAUUUCGUGUCAUUAUGUUUAAUAUAACCCGCAUGUGACUCGAUCGUGGUUUCGUUGCGCCAGCUUUACUAUUACCUGUCAAUUUUUAAGUGAAUAUUAUAUCCAAAUUCGGCGGCCGAUCUCGAUAGCGUUUGUAUAGAUACAUCAUAAUAUUUACAUGCAGGUUAUCUAGGAACAAAACCGAAAAAAAAACAAAUAGAAAUAUUGCACGAACACAUGCUAACCAAGUAGGUAGAAAUUCAUGUAAAUUUCAUUUUCAUGUGUUUCAACCCUUACACUUUAUGUGCGUGAUUCCUGAAGAAACAUUCUCCAUGCUCUUGAGGUUAAAUUUGAGUAAUUGAUAUGAAUCAAGAGGCGCCAAUGAUUCUUAUCUUUGAUUUCUACAUAGCGAUGAAACAUUCCCGAUGCAAUAUGGAAGUUUCAUUACUUUCGUGUCAGAUGAAUAUGUUCGCUUUGAUAAGACGGUACUUGAAGUUGUAAAUUUAAGACUUGUGUUAGAUCGAACAGUUGUUGAGCAAUUAAUCAUUAUUUUUUUUUCUUGAUGACCAUGUCUAGUAUUUUCUUGUCUUCGGCGUCUGUGCUCUUGUUAUUUUCAAUUAAAGAAUUUUGGCCGAAUUUUUAUUUCGUGAAAUGUCACGUAAUUCUAGAUGCAUUUUUAAUCCUCUUUGCGGGACGUAGCUGUAGUCGAGCUGUCAAAACUUUUCCUUUCUGUCACCUAUUCCCAAUACAUUUUGCAUAUUUUGCCAAUUUAAUUUCCUUUGAGGACGAUUGUCUGAUGAAAUUUUAUUUGAAUUUAACAUCUGCCUGUAAAUUGAUUACUUUCUUCGAGUCCACAUGGAAUCAGGUGCGAAAUCUCCACGUGUGAUUCAAACUGAGACAGAUGUAUGAAACUCUACAGAAAUGAGUGAUUAUUUUGUUUUUCUUUCGACCACCAUGGCUAUAAACGUAUUUUGCUAGGAUAUUUGUGACAGCAAGAGAUUACCACCAGUUGUCCAAAUAUUUUUCUUUGUGAAACAUUUCAUUUCUCCAAAGUACUAAUUUAAAUUCUUGUCAAGAAAUGUUUAUUGUGUAAGUAAGCAAGGUUAUUCAAGGGGGCCUUUCAUUUAUUUCCAUAUUUUCCACAAACUUUUAUUAAACUUAGAUCCUUUUUUUUUUAUGAGAAGGACUUGUAACCAUGUGAAUUUGUUUUUAUCUUUCUGUAAAUUGCAUCUCUGUGGGAAUCCUUGGAGCUUGGAUUCACCAGGAGGAUUUCUCUCUAUUGUUUUACCUUGAAAUUACUUCGAAGUAUUUCCUUUGGUACAUCCACCCAUCUUUUGUGGUCAGCCACUUUAUUGUGACUUUGUUAAUGCAGUCCGUUUACCACUGCCAUUAAUUGUAACUUUGCCAAAAUUGUGAAAUUGGUGUUUACUUGCUGUACUUCAAACAUCCUCUUAACGAAGUUCAAAAUGUUUCUCAAAGUUUAGUUGUGUUAAUUUUUUUCACAGGUGACUGUUACUAAACUUGUAUUUAUGAUUGCAGAGACAUUUCAUGCCCAAUUAUGUUUAGAGAUUUGAAUGUUAUAAUUCAAACGCCACCAAAAUCUUCAGAUUUGGAAAAUUGUAUUUCCUUAUAAAUUCUUUUAAACAGGGAAUGUCAGUUUUAUAGCAACAGAUUAUAUACUUCUGAAAGGGUUUUGUUUUUUUGUUCAUUAACCGUACAUGAAGGUGAUGCUAAUCAACAGCUGUUUUCUCUUCUUAACUUUUAUAUGAAAACUUCUCUAAGAAAUUGUUCCCAAUGAUACUAUUUCCACAGUUUUUGUCUGACUUUUUUUUCACUGGUUUUUUUUUAAUGGAGAUACAGACUAAAUUUUGUAAAUUUAGAAUGUUGCCAUGUAGUAAAAUUCUGAGAUUUUUUUAAUUUGUAGUGUGUUACUUCCAUUGGGUUUGAGAGAUAAACAAGAUUGCAAAAAAAAAAUUGGCUCAGUGAUGUUAUCAGUACAUGUAUUAAUGAAGAGGCUUGGUGAAAUGUGAUAUACAUUGCAUUGUAUUUGAGAACCAACUUUGUUAAUCUAUCCUGAGCUUUUUUAUUUCAAUCACUGUUCUUGAUCCAAAGUAAACUGAGGUUGAAUUUCAAUUGGUUACUUAGAAUUUCUCAUUCUCUCUGUAGAUCCAUAGGGACCUAUAAUUAUUUGUUAUUAUACUACACUGUAUAUUACUUUAGUGGCAAGAUUCAUCUUUACCUGUCUGGUUGAUAGCUUGCUAAUAGUGUUAGCCUAAAUAUCAGUUGUAAUUUAAUAGUAACCAACCAGAUUUUUAUCUUCCUUGUUCUUGGUAUGAGUCAGGACAUACUUGUUUGUAUUUAAAUGCAGUUGAAGAAACUUGUCCUGCUUUUCUUAUGUGUAACUUACUGUCUGAAUAUUUACUGUCUGCAUUUUAACCCAGCACAGUGGCAAGAAUUCUUUAUCACUUAAUUUCUGGACCAAAAGUUCUGUACUCCUUUUCAGGUGCAACAUUUUAAGUGAUACUUUAUAACUACACUAUUAAGUUGUUUUUCACUUUUUUUAGCUUUUGAAAGAUGAGUUCUGGUCAAUACUGAAUGCAUAGAUUCAUUUUUUUUUUUUAACGUAGUUGAAGAUGCAGUUUGCCUAGUUGGUUCACAAACCAAUCAUUUUUUUUUCUUGUAAUUGGGUGAAUUAAGGAUAUUGAGAAUACUUUUGGGGCUUUUUCCUCAGGUUACUGAAUUGUUUAAUCAUAGAAGGGCUUAAAGCUGCUUAUUAAAUAUUUAUGCAAAGCUAGAAGCUAUCAUUUCCGUUCCCCAGUUAAAAGCUUUUACCAUAAUCUGGCUUAAGGAACAGAUGUGCUUUAACUUCUUCAUCCUAAUGACAAUGAUGUCAAGAUGUUUUUAUACUUAGACAUUUACAAGGGUCAAAUUUCUUUCUCUCUCUAUUUUUUUUUUAAAGUUUAAGUUGCCUGGUGUAAUAGAAUGCGCGUCUUAUGGUCUACAUUUUUGUUGUAAUGGCAAAUUGCCAUAUCAAUAUAAUCUGCAAUUUUAGAGUAAGCACAGUUAAAGCUCUUACCUUGAAAGCACCUCAUAAGUGUUUACAAUAUCUUCCUCCCUGAUCCUGUGACUGAAUUGGAAUGUUAAGUGUUGGCAUUAUUGUGGUUUUUAGGGAAGAACAAUGUGGUUAUUUUUAUUUUGUACCAGAUGAUUGCCUUAGGGCACUUUCUGUGUUUGUUUUCUUGCUUGCUUAUACUAUUGUUGUGAAGUCAUCCUUUUUAUAGAGCCAUCUUUUUUUUUUCUCCAGGUGAAAGUGGACUGGGAAAAUCAACACUUCUGAACUCACUGUUUUUAACUGAUAUCUACACACCAGCUGCAUAUCCAAGUGUAGAGGAACGACUCAACAAAACUGUUUCAGUAAGUCUUUUACUUGAUGUGCUGUAUAAAUUUGAAGCCAGAGAAAAAUAGCAAAAUAUUGAGCACAAAAUACUCUCUACUCAGAAGAUAAAAUAUUGGUAAUUGGAUACUACAAGGUGGUGUUAAAAUUUUUUAUUUAAUGGCAAUUUUAGGGUUCUUUUAUAUUUGCUCAGAUUUGAUUUGUCUGUGCUUGUGAGCUACAUGAGCAAAUUGAUUGGGAAACAUGAUUUUGAUUUGUUUUCCUCUUGUUUCUCUCAUUUUUUUGAUGAAUGUGCAGUUUAAGCCAAAAAAGAAGGCAAAAAUGUUUUGCUCUUUUAGACCCUUUUUGAAGCAGAAACAAAGAAUCAGUUUUCUGCAGUUAAGAAAUGAAAGAUCAAAGAAACGGGAAGUUUUCCUUGAGUCUCUAUUCAGAGAGAAAUUUUUUGUUUGUUACUCUUAACCCUUCAACUCCCAAGAGGGACCAAGACAUAAUUUUCUCCUUACAAUACCAAUACUAUAUCAAGCAGACAAGUGAUGAGAAAAGAGGAAAUUCUCAAUAUGGGGAUUAGUCGCGAAUCCAAUACCAAAUUCUCCAAACCAUCUUCAUAAGAAUUGUGUGGUAGACUGUGAGUAUAAUUUGAAUGAGAUCUUGAGAGUGCAAGGGUUAAGGAAAGAAUUACUCAAAUCAAGUUAAACAGCCUGAAACAUAAUUAAAGUUAGAGAAAGAUGUUUUUCAUCUUGUCACAAGUGAGGGACAAAGUAAAAAAAAAAUUCUGAGUCUCCAUGAGGAAUUGAACCUCAGAUCUUUGGAUUUUGUGUUCCGAUGCUCUACCACUGAGCCACAGAGACUUUAUGAUGAGUGAGGUCUAUUAUGAAGUUCAUAUGACACAUGUCAGUAAGCUGGUUUAGUUUUUCAAUUAGUAACAGUAACUGUAGAAGGUGGGUCAUGGAUUUUUUUGUUUCAUGUAGAUAAAACCUUCAACAAUUGAGAUGAAAGAGGGAGGUGUGCGACUGAGACUAACAGUUGUUGAUACUCCAGGAUUCGGAGAUGCUGUUGACAACACUGACUGGUAAAUUACAAUUAUAGAUAUUUCUACACACUUUUUAGCUUCAUGGACAGCAUAUUUUUUAUCAUUAUUAUUAAAGGAAAAAAGGAAAAGAAAGGAUUCUGAAGUUGCUAACAAUCUCAUAAUCUUUCUUUCUUUUUUUUUUAAGCUGGAAGCCCAUCAUUGAAUACAUAGACAACAAAUUUGAAGAAUAUUUAAAUGCAGAAUCAAGAGUGGUCAGAUCACCUUUCCCAGAUGACAGAGUUCAUUGUUGCUUGUACUUUAUUGCACCUACAGGGCACUGGUUAGUUCAUUUUACAAAUAGAAUGCUUGUUGAACUUUGUUUUGACAUUUCUUGAUGUGAUAGUGACACAGUGGUGAUGAGAAUUUGUGGUAAGAUGUAUUGCUACAUGUAUUUUCAUUUUGCAGUCUAAAACCUUUGGAUAUAGAAUUUAUGAAAAGACUUCAUAACAAGGUGGGCUUGUAACCUUUUGUUGUGCUGAUAUGCUUCUGCUUUAUACUUUAACUCGUGUAACCUUUAAACUCUCAUGAUCUGAUUGUCAAUUCUCCCCUUUAGCUGCUACACCUUUCCUUGUAAUUAGACCUAAUUACAAUAUAUUCACCCCUGAUGAAGGCACCAGACAGGAAUGUCGAAAUGUUGGGUCUAUGAAUUGUAACUUGUUUGGUUACAUUCAUUAAAUCUGUAAACCAGAGUAGCAUCAAACCAUGUCUAGACCUAAUUAGUUACAAAAAUUUGGUAUUAGAUCAAGAUGACAGCUUCUACCUGAUAAGUUUGAGUAUUCUCAUUACCUGUUUGCUUAAUCAUGUAUGGGUAUUAUAAGGAGAAGUUACAAGAUAAUCAUUUAACUAUCUACCUAUUUUAGGUUAAUAUUGUACCGGUGAUUGCAAAAGCUGACACUUUGACCCAUGAUGAGUGCACCAAGUUCAAAAAACAGGUUUGAAACUUACUUUCUUGCCUCUUUUGUAUUGCCUUGUAUGGAAAUUGUAUUUUUUUUAAAGAACUGCUUCUUUUCAUUAUCAGAUACUUAAGGAAAUAGAGGAAAAUGACAUUGGGAUUUACAGAUUUCCAGACCUUGGAGGAGAUGAUGAUGAUGAUGUAGCAGCUGUUAGUAUGAAGGUAUCAAUAAACUCGUAGAAAAAAAAAUCUUACAUGAUGCUGUUCAUGUCUCUAAAAGUGGAAAUAUAAUGCCAUGUGAUCUGGGAGGCAUACACAGUACUUGUACCUGGAUAUGCAAGUAACUUGUUAAGUCCUAACAUAGAUAACUUUGAUUUUGAGCCGGUUAUUUACGCGAGUUCUAACCCGAACCACCGUUAUAUGCAAACAAUGGGCCUCAGGCUUUCCCCAUAAGAGGGUUGAUAUAAUUAGGUAAAAGUCCUUCCACUGUUGGCUUUCGGCUUUCUUGACACUGUGACAUAAAUAAAUGCUCAGAUUAAAGGUUCAGCUCAGUUGAGGAGUGUUUUGGACACGGUUUGGUUAAACAACUACUAAACUUUGUUUAAAUAAUCAGACCUUUGUGUUUGUACUCCCUUGUUGAGGAAUAAUAUUAUUUUGUUUCUAGGACAGAAUACCUUUUGCAGUGGUUGGUAGCAACACAGUCUUAGAAGUUAAUGGCAAGAGAGUAAGAGCUCGAGUGUACCCUUGGGGUGUGGCCGAAGGUAUUGCCUGUGAUGACAUGUUUUUGAAACUUUCUUUGCAAAGUCUCCAGUUGAACUUUACCGCUCUAACGAAGGGCCAACGCUCGAAACGUCAGCUUUCAAACUCUUUAUGGUGGCCAAUUUAUGAUCUCAACUCAGUUGAUAAUUCUAAAUUACCCUAAAUUACCGUCGCAGCACCAUAGUUCCUUUAGAAACUUACCCCUUUAUUCAUUUGAACUUUAUAACCCUUUGGUUUCCACUCUGUUGCCUUUGUAAAGCUAUUUUUAACAUCUGCUGUCAAAAAGCUAAGCGUUGUAUCAGUAAAGUUUGAGACUCUGCCUGCAGUGUGAAUGUACUGAUGAUAGUUUUAAUUACAUAAUCGUGUGUUGAAAGUUCCAACCUGUCUUUGUUGAAACGACUGCAUGUUGGAACGUUAUCGAUAGCCGAUGUCGCUGAUAUGUAUAUCUUGCGGGAUUAUUAAUGAUUACUUCCUCUUUCUCUCUCCUUUUUUUUUAAGUUGAAAAUGUAGACCACUGCGAUUUUGUUGCUUUAAGAAACAUGCUGAUCAGGUAAGUAUAAUUGGACGUAACAAAUAAAUCCUGAUGCCGUAGCAGUGAACGAUAUCUUAAGCCUGAGUUGUGCAAAACUUAGCAAGCUCAGUUUAUUUUAGCUCAGGGUAUAAAUGUUAGAUGUUAAUGUUAGGUAGACCUUCUGAUUAUCUUUCGUUCUCUUCGGUGUAUUUUAAUCUGAGAUGAAACGCUGCAAUACGUUUAUCCCAACAAACGCUUUCUAACAAAAGAAACCAAAGUCGAGAUGAUUAUAAUACCUGGAUUAGCGCCGAUCGCCCUUCAAACGAACAGCUCACAGUGGUUGUAUUACAGUUCGAAUGCUGAAAAAUUAGCUUAGAAGCGUACACCAAUAGUAGGCGAUUUUCGUGUUUACUUUAUUUCGUUGUGCCUUAACCUGAUGGGAACAUUGUUGCAUGCUCCUGUAAGCAUCACGAUCUUAUUUACCAGAAACAUUUCAGUGGUUUUGUAAAUGAGUUUUAUUGCGUGAGUGCGCAUUAGAUAACAGCCGAUCGCUAUGAUGAUCUCAUAACUAACAAGCGUAGAUAGAGUGAUCGUCUUAUCAACAACUUCCGCAAGAUGUAAAUAAAUCUCUUAAACUUAUUAUUUUCUUUUUGAAGAAGCCAACUAAUUGAUUAUCUAAGAUUUACUUCCGUUUUAUUUCCUAAAGCUAAGCCAAUCAAAUCUACUGAAUUGGAUUAUUCAAUUAUCCAGUUUGUUAAUGAUCCAGUUUUUGUUAAUCUUGGAUAAGUCCAUAUCUAGGCGUAGAUCCAUUCUGAGACCAAAACCAUACGCUGUGAAGAAGGGCUCAUAACGCUCGAAACAUCCUUAAAAACUCUUUACGGUGGCCAAUUUACGUUAUCAACUCAUAAAUAAAACCAUAUACUUGUAGUACCCACCACCGACUCAACGCCUCAGUUUCUUUAGAAACUUUUGCCCUUUAUUCACGACCAAAUAUACUUUCUUUUUCCUUCAGAACGCAUAUGCAGGAUCUCAAGGAUAUGACGAACGACACUCACUAUGAAAAUUAUCGCUGCGAAAAGCUGGCGGCCAUGACCGUUGGCUCACCUACUAAUCAGCCAAGUUCUAAGUAAGUAACUCUGUAUCACAUCAGUUAAACAAGAGAAUGAUGCAUCUCUGCCAGAGAAAGUCAGUGUCAUGAGUAAUUCGGGUUUGCUUUUGUUAUUCCACCCUGUGAUUGGUCUAGAAAUCUCACGCGUCAUCCUCUCAACCAAUCAGAUGCAAAGCUGCAACCAAUGGGGAAUCAGAUAUAAGCGAUCCUCGCAGCUAUGAACACUACUGAACGAGUAGUUGAAAUAAGACAUGAAGAAAAUUCAGGCUCGUAUGGGAUUUGAACCCAUGACCUCUGCGAUACCGGGGAAUAGGGAAUCAGUCAUUCCCGCGCUCUAGGCUUGCUUCUACCUCGUGUUCUCAAUAGCUCAUUGUGGUUGGUUGCUUUGUUCUAAGUGGCCAUUGUGAUAACUUUCGUUUUGUUUUACCGUGGUACUAAAUCAAGUAGUGCCUUUUGACUGGCUUGGGGUUUCGUUCCCAUGUCCUAAUGCUGUACAAACAACAAGUUUUCUGGCUAAAAAUUAACAGUCACUGGCUCAUGCACUAUUUUAUUUCUUUUUUUAGUAACAUUCAUCAUUCAACACAAAGUAGUUAUUAACUUUAAACCACCAUUCUUUGAUUAUUUUUUCCUAGCGUGUCUCUCAGUAGAAGUCCUCUGGAGCAACUGGAAGCUGAGAAAGAGGAACGAGAAAUGAAACUGAAGAAAAUGGAACAGGAAAUGGAGCAAGUGUUCGAAAUGAAAGUCAAGGAAAAGAAAAAGAAGCUCAAAGAUUCUGAGGCGGAGGUGAGUUGGACAGUGAGUGAGCAUUGAGGUGAACAUGAACAGCUAAGGCUGACGUUGAUUCUUUAAAUUCCAGGGGUGACUUGGACAGAAUUUUUACGCACAAUGUCAAUUAAAUAUGUAGAAGACAAGCGAUAAUGAACAAAAUAUCAACUGGGGAUUAUUAUUUGAUUCAACACCAAUUUCUCAGAGUUAUCUUCAUGACAAGUGAACCAUGGUUAGAGUUAUCAUUAGAGCAAUUUUCAGUGGAGUGUUGAAAGCAAUCAGGGAUUGCUUUGGACUAGCGUCGCCAUGAGCUGUGAAUGGUAUAGAAACUUGUGCUUUCCCCUCUAUCAUUAUCGAUCAAAGAGCGCUUUCUAUUGAUUAUCGUAAAACCCGGCUAAACCAAAAUAAUCACAACAGGCAUUCAGAAGAAAGGAAAAUACCUUGAAGAGCCAAUGGCAACUCGAAGUUAAAAUAACAAACUGGCUAAAGCGCGGGAAUACGCGGGAAUACGCGGGCGACCAAGUCGUGAUUAGUUUUAGUUUCGGUUCUGAUUGGUUGAGAAAGUUGCGCGAAUUUUCUUGACCAAUCACAAAGCGAAGCACAGUACCACCCCUGCUAUGUUGGAUUACUUUGGACACUGUUUUAAACUUGUUCUAAGACCAAUCGCAACUUGAACACCAGGGAUUUCCAGUUCUUCGGGCAGUUUACAUUUUUUUACUCUGAACUCUUUUUGGUCUCAUGCGACACUUAGCUUCGUUGUAAUCGCUCUUUUGUAUUUAGAAAACAAUUCAGUGCGAACAUUUUUUUAACAGCUUGGCAAGAAAAACGAACAGAUGUGGAAACAGCUCGACCAGCAGAACAAGGAGCUAGAGGAAAAACGAAAACAGUUCGAGAGGGAGAAGGGACACUACGAGGAAGAACUGAAAAGUAAUGGCCUGAAGGGUCUGGAACGGUCUGACUCCUCCAGCAAAUCACUCAAGUAG